AUGAGGAGUCUGAGGAGGAGUCGGAGAGGAGGGCGGCAGCUCGAGGAGCUGGUCAAGAAGAGGCUAGAGGCUAGGAAGAUUGAGACUAGACAGAUUGUGGUUGAAGAGAUUAGAAAGGAGCAGCACAUUGAGAAGGCGCUGAAUGAAGAGGCCAACAUUGAGGAUGUCGAUACAGACGACGAGUUGAAUGAAGCAGAGGAGUAUGAGGCAUGGAAAAACAGAGAAAUAGCAAGAAUUAAGAGGGACAGAGAGGAAAGGGAUGCGAGGUUGAAGGAGAAGGAGGAGAUCGAGAAGGAAGGUGCUGAUGAUGUUAUCCAGUCAGCUGGUAAAGAUGAUAUCUACAGCCGUGAUUUCUCUGAACCCACUGGUGAAGAUAAGAUGGAUAAGAGCAUCCUGCCCAAGGUCAUGCAAGUUAAACAUUUCGGGCGCAGUGGCAGAACAAAAUGGACACAUCUUGUUAAUGAGGACACUACAGAUUGGAAUGCACCAUGGUCAACAAAUGGGCCUCUCAUGAAAAUCAAAGUAUAA